GCGUCACCGCGGAAGACAGCCGGGAGAAAGCGUCCAGUUGUGGUGUCACCGCGGCAGACCGUCGGAAAAGGGCUUCCGGUUAUGGCGUAACAUCGAAAGUCCGCUGGAACAGUGCGUGCGGUUACCGAGUCUCAACUAGUAACAUCAAGCUGCCGACCGUUCAAGAAGUUGUCCGUCACAUUGGGGUGUGCAUCGACGAGAGCACUGAAGGAGGCAACGGUUAGACUGGCGGCGUCGGCGGCAGAGAAGACGAGUUCACCGAAGGCAUCGAUGAUGCGGUUCCGUUGCAGCUACCUACAGUUUGCGAAGUUGUCCGUCACAUUGGGGUGUGCACCGACAUGAGCACUGUAAGGGGCAACGGUGAGACUGGCGGCGUCGGUGACGGUGAAGCUACAGCGGAGGGAUAAAACAGUUUCAAGACGUAUCCAGUCCAGCAGGGAUCUUCCAGAUUUGUUUAUUUUAUUUUUAUUUAUUUGUUAUGCUUGGCUUCGUCAUCGGUGUUGCGGAGUAUUCACGUUCCCAUUUCCUUUCAGUAUGGACACUAGCGAGAUCGUCCCGGUCGCAGCCCUAGAAGAGUCGUCUAGCUACGGGGACUCUGUCGGCAUAGUCCUUACAGAGUUGCCCAAGAGACCUGCCGGCAUAGUCCCGCAGGAGUUGUCCAGUUUUCAGAGUACGUCAGAAGAAUCGUCUAGCUACGGGAACUCUGUCGGCAUAGUCCUUACAGAGUUGCCCAAGAGACCUGCCGGCAUAGUCCCGCAGGAGUUGUCCAGUUUUCGGAGCACGUCAGAAGAAUCGUCUAGCUACGGGAACUCUGUCGGCAUAGUCCUUACAGAGUUGCCCAAGAGACCUGCCGGCAUAGUCCCGCAGGAGUUGUCCAGUUUUCGGAGCACGUCAGAAGAAUCGUCUAGCUACGGGAACUCUGUCGGCAUAGUCCUUACUGAGUUGCCGAAGAGACCUGCCGGAAUAGUCCCGCAGGAGUUGUCCAGUUUUCGGAGCACGUCAGAAGAAUCGUCUAGCUACGGGAACCCUUUCGGCAUAGUCCUUACAGGGUUGCCCAAAAGAUCUGUCGGCAUAGUCCCACAGGAGUUGUCCAGUCGCCGGUUUCCCUCUGGUAACACCCAGAGGAACCAGUUCAGUCACGGCGACUCCUCGGUAAACCGCCAGAGCGGUGCGUGCGGUUACGGAGUCGCCGCGUGUGUACGCCAGAAGAUCUCGGAGGAUGGAUCUCGGGGACCUUUCAGGCGUGGCUCUGAAGGGUGGCGACCCUCAAGUUCUCGCCGUUGGGAGCGGUCCCAGCGGUGGAAAUUAAGUAAGUGUGUAAGCGAGCGUGGGUGCCUGAAGUAAUUAUCUAUUUAAAGGGUGGGGGUGGGUACCUUUAAUAGUUCUCUGUUUUUCUUGUUUUAUUUUAGUUGUGUUUCGCUCCAUUUAGUGUCAGUGAAGUGUUAACUUGUUUCCAUUAGCCCUUUAUUAGCCUCGCCCACCAGUCCAUUAUUCUUUUGUCUUUUGGUUCUUUUUAUUUUUGUACGGUCUCCUGUGAGUAGACCUCACUGGUAGGUUCUUUUCAUUUUUCUUGUUUAAUAUACCUUCUCUAUUUUUUAAUAAUUCAGAGAUUUUUUGUAAUGUAAAAUUUGGCUGGUAGGUUGUAGGUGCACGUUGGCCACUGUAAGGCGGUGGUUGUAGACCUGACACUCAUACCUCGGCUUCCCCUCUUUGUGUACAUCAUUCAUGUACUCUUAUCAUUUUUUGUCUCAUCGGAUUGUUUAGUAUAUCUGUUAACUCAUGUUUCCCUGAUUGGGAGUGGAUAUGCUGAAGUUGGUAUUGCCACCCGGAAAUAAAUAGAGAAUAAAUAAAGAUUAUUAUAAUUGUGUUAUUAGAUAUUAAAAAAUACAUUAUUUAUAUAUUUACAUUUUUAUUAUUUCUAUUUUCGUGCCUGGACUGAUGGUGUGUUUUCACCCAAAUGUAACACGCAUAAGGUCGUAAAUAGGUACGCGUAGCCUCGCUAAAUACUGGCGGGUAGUUGGCGGCAGGGCGAGAGAUUCAGGCAAUAAUAAGUUGCAUCUAGUGUAGUCUAACGGUGAGCUCUUUCAGCCAACUAUUAUUGGUAGUUCUCUGAAAAUCCGGACUUGUGAGAAUGUCACUGCCGUGGGAAACUGUUGCAUACCACUCCCUGUGGUGUUAUUAUUAUUUAAAUAUUAAUAAUAAUUUAUGUUGUUGUUUACAGCCACCGCCAUGGCGAUUAACAUAAUUGUGCGUAACCCUCCAGUCUCCAGUACAUUAUGUCAGUGUUUCUUUUCUGUAGCGUGUUUUGCUGUCUAUCCAGGCCUCUAUAAUGGCCAAUUUCAAUGCUGUAGCUGUUUGCAGCCGAAGGCUGUUAAUUGCUCCACUUUGUAGAUGAACUGGCAGGGCGAGCCCAUUUAUCCCAGAGUCCCUUCUUUCUUGUUUUUGUAAUAUUCCUGAUUUCGUCUAUGCACGAGUCGCCCACUGCGGGUACACUAUAAAUCAAAAUAACACUGUUUGCAUAAUCAAUAUACUUCCUUGGGGUGCAUGGGACGGCUUGGGCGCAGUGGCUUUAGAGUACGUUGCAUGGCGAAGGCGCCCUCCUUGCUUACGAAAGGGGCAUUGGGGUCCGAGAGAUAGUCAAUAUACUUCCUCGGGUGCGACGGGACGUCUGUUGCGGACUGACUAUGACAUUCGGUGGGACGAUUCCUUUGUGAGUAUGGGGUCGUCCCAAAAAGAGAAAAGUGAGGGAAGUGUAGUGCCAGUGCCACGCCCCCCUGCAGAGUGGUACCCGGCUUGCGUCGCUCAUGUGACGUGACCAUGCUGCAUGAUGUGGAGCCAAUGGGAUGGACGCAGAUGCCUGAUGGGAUGACCAUGCUCUCUUGCUACCCGGUCCGCGGACGUGUGCAGACGUGUUUCCUGAGGUGAGUAUUUCCAGGAGCAUAAGUGUGAGCCGGUAUGUAUUAGCCUGUGUAGAUGAG